UACAACAAGAUAUAAUUAUUGAUAAUCGUGUUUAGUGCGUUGUCGAAUUUCUCCUCUUUAUUAUAAUUAGUAAGUAAUACUUAUAUAAAGAAACAUCUUCAGACAUUGUGUUAGUAUUCAGUGAUACUCAAAAGGUAAUGUUAACAUUUUAAGUAUUUGUGACCUUGGUUAGACAUUGAUCUUAUAAUGUAAUGUUAUUUUAUUUUAGGAAAAUGAAAUCAGCAAUCAUUUGUUUAUUUUUGGCAACCAGCGUUCUUGCUCAACAUGGACAUUACCCAUACCAGGGCGGCAAUCUUCCAUUGGACCACCACGACGACGUCUACAACAGAGAUUUAUCCACUUUAGUCUACAACUUUGAACAACUGCGGAGAGAUCAGCCACCGCAAAUUGAAGCGAGAGAAGAGGACCUCGGCAGAUACAUAUACAGACCGCGGACUACUACUGUGGCUGCUCCACCAAUGCUCGACUUCCCCGCACACAUUCCUGAAGUAAAAUUAUUGCCAGAACCAUCACGCCCGUCUAUCAUCGGAGCAUCUACAACCAAACCAUUUAUCGGACAGACCUGGAACCAGAUUAUUAACAAGCAUUUACCAGCGACCAUCCCCCCGCCACCAGCUCCCAAAUGGUUAGAUCUCUCUGAUUCCCUUAAAAAUCGUGAAGUCUAUCAGCCACAUUACAGUCCAGUACAGCAGGUACUGCCAAUGCCCAUGUAUCAUCAAAAGGUUUCACAAAUGCCCGCUGAACCUUUGCCUUACUCAGCAUAUUCGCAAUACAGUGGUGUGGAAUAUGUUCCUACUACAACAACCACAACUGCAGCGCCUUACUCACACUACAUGCAAAAUUCCGAACCGUACUUCCAGCAGUCUGUGCCGAGAACUCCAGCUCGCCAGUCCCGGGGGCAACACAAAUUCAGCUGGGGCGACGUACUGCCAACGGAAUCCAAGCAACCUGCCGUCACUACACCAGCUCCUGUGGCCUAUAAUCCAGCCUCUCGUAAAAUAAACCUGCCAUCUUCAAUGCCCACACUGACGCCAUGGUCUGGAGACAACUUUGGUAAAUAAUUUGUAGAAACUUAUAGGAAAAUAAA